AUGAUGAUGAUGAUGAUGUGGAGUCUGAAGCUCACACGCAUGAAUCAGUGACAUAAGUAGAGUUGUUUCCUGGAUGUAUGUGUGAUUCUGUCUUCACCUUUGCACUUAGGUUUUAUUGGCGCUGGAAACAAAGUCUGUCCGGAUGUUUAAAGUCUUACGCGCUCUAAAGCACUCAACUGCGGUUGAACUUCUGCGUCUAGAAUAUGUCCUUAUUAUAAUAGAAGGACGCGAUUGAGAUUUCAUAAGGAAGGAUUUGUUGUAGAAUUUGCAGAAUUUUAGCCGUACAAAAUGUGCGAAAAAAGCGACAAUCACUUUGGAACGGACGUUCUUCAGACAGGACAGACAAAAAACACAGAUGGAAACUUUGAUCAGGUUGAAAUCUCCGAAUGCAAAGACGCGAACACUGUUUCCAGCUGUAACACUCGUUUAUACCGGAGGCGAUGGCUCAUUGUGUUUCUCUUCAGCUCCUACUCGCUGUGCAACGCGUUCCAGUGGAUCCAGUAUGGAAUCAUCAACAACAUCUUCAUGAAAUUCUACAGCGUCUCUUCAUUCGCCGUCGACUGGCUGUCAAUGAUCUAUAUGCUGACUUACAUCCCCUUCAUAUUUCCAGUGACAUGGCUGUUGGAGAGGAAGGGGCUGCGGGUGAUCGCUCUGUUCGCAGCCGCGAUCAACUGCGUGGGAACGUGGAUCAAGGUGGCCAGCGUUCAGCCCAACCUGUUCUGGGUCACUAUGCUCGGACAGUUCGCGUGUUCCUUUGCGCAGGUGUUCAUUUUGGGAAUGCCGUCUCAGGUCGCGUCUGUGUGGUUCGGAUCUGAUGAAGUGUCCACCGCCUGCGCCAUCGGCGUGUUUGGAAACCAGCUUGGCAUUGCAAUUGGCUUCUUGAUCCCACCGGUUCUUGUGCCCAACGUGGAUGACUUGAAUGAACUGGCUCAACACAUCAGCGUCAUGUUUUACAUCACAGCCGCUGUGGCCAGCGUCAUCUUUCUGCUGGUCGUGUUUGUGUUUCAGGAAAAACCCGAAAUCCCUCCAUCUCCGGCUCAGGUGGCACUCAGAGACAUGCCCGAGAGUUCAUACCUGGCUUCAAUCACAAGACUUUUCUGCAAUAAGCCCUUCAUCCUCCUCCUCAUUAGCUAUGGACUGAAUGUUGGAUGUUUCUAUGCUGUUUCCACCCUGUUGAACAGGAUGAUAAUGGAGCAUUACCCCGGUGAAGAGGUGAAUGCUGGGAGAAUUGGCUUGACUCUCGUCAUUGCUGGCGUGGUCGGCUCUUUGAUCUGUGGAAUCUGGCUAGACAAGACCAAGACUUAUAAGCAGACAACGCUCUCAGUGUAUCUGCUGUCAUUUGUUGGAAUGGUGAUCUAUGCUUUCACCCUGAACUUGGGACAUCUGUGGGUUGUGUUCCUCACAUCGGGAGCGCUGGGGUUCUUCAUGACGGGUUAUCUGCCACUGGGCUUUGAGUUUGCGGUGGAGCUCACGUACCCGGAGUCAGAGGGAACAUCGUCAGGACUGCUCAACUGCUCAGCGCAGAUGUUUGGAAUCGCAUUCACCAUCAUUCAAGGCAAAAUCAUCGAUCACUUCAGCACACUGGCCGGAAACAUCUUCUUAUGUGUGUUCCUCUUUAUCGGCUCCAUCAUGACAGCAUUUAUAAAAUCUGACCUGCGGCGACAGAAGGCCAACACCCAGUCUCAGACAGAGGUGAACGCUGACUCGUCCGUACAUUCCAAAGAUGCAAAAUCAUCACCGGUAUUAAGAGAGGUGAAGAUGUAAAGAGGGAAACCAUUGAAAACACACUCUCAAUGUGCAUCACUCCAUACGUACAUAAAUCCUCCUGAACUUAUAUGUGAAUAUCCUGAACAAUGACAACUCAGUUAAAUUGCUCAAGCACAACUGAAAGUAAGUUUCCUAUCUUUAUAUUGUUUAUAACCUGUUGUUGUUCCUUUAGUAUUUAAACUAACCAGUAGUUAGUGGUCAUUACAGAUCUAGCACUCAGUGGGACCCAUUCAUAAAACGAAAGAACAAAAAACUGCAGGCCGUUGCACUGAAUGAACAAUUCACGUAAACUGCUUGUUUCACGUUAUAAUGUGUAAUUUUCUAUGCCUAAUGCGUAUCAUGAUGGUUCCUUAGAUUUGACAUAAACUUUAGUCAGAGAACCAUAUGUUUUUAUGACUAGAAGUCUCUGCAACAGACAUGUCUAAUAGGUUGUUGAUGCUGGACAUCAACAUAUUAUGGAAGGACAAAGUCCUUCAAUUUAAUAAUUAAAUAACUGUUUUAAGUUUGCGACAAUAUAUAGCACUAUUUAAAUGUGAGAGUACUUUGUGAAAGAGCAUUAGUGAUCAAUGGAUAGAGAUGUGUGAUGAUACUCAUGUCUUACAUAAUGCAUUACUAACCCAGCAAAAGCAAAGCACACAGGAAAUUAGAAAAGAAUGUAUUUUGGGAAUAUCUGCAAUGGUUAAUAUGUGGUGUAGUGUGCAGUGCAACGUGUGAUUGAUUACACCACCCUGCAUUACAUUCGCUGAAUGAAAUCCAAGACUUGUUUCUUACUCAUUUUGGACUGCUGAUUCCAAAAAAUAGUAUGUUUUGCCAAAGCAAAGAAGAAGUGAAGAAUUCUUGCAUGAUCUGCUAAAUGCCAGAACAAAACCCCUGCAACAAACACGAUUCCUGUCUUCAUAUGAGCCAUGUUACAACUAUUUGUUCAAUGCUCAGCCCGUUUUCAUGUGUAUGAGAUUACUUGACACCAAAUCCUGAUUUCAAGCUCAGAAUUAUGGCUGACGACAGAAGAAAAUGCAAACAUGAAUCUGAUGUUUUCUGCUUUUACUGCAUCCACAGAACAUUAGAGAUUUUGUGGGAAAAAGUAAAUAUUCAUACAUGGAGUAU